AUGGAUACACGUUUCAUUUGCAUAAUCAGGGUGUAUAUAAAACAAGAUGGAGAUGUAACCGCGAGCACGAAGGAUGCCGAGCGUACAUCCUCACUAUUGACGAUGAAAUUUUCAAAUACGCUGGCCACCAUAACCAUCCGCCGGUUUUCAGUUAAUCUUUUGGAAACGGGACUUCCAAAUCUGGUGAUUCAUCCUAACGACAGACCAUUGAGACGGAAUAGAAACACAAGAGAUUCACCAUGGUUUUUUAUGACGGAGAAGGACACACAACUAUUAGUUCAGACGAUAGAAGACAUCUAA